UGUGUGAACUGUAGUAAAAAUGGUACAGUAAAGUAAAGUGGUCAUGGGCGAUGAACUGCAAGAAGGAGAGAGAUGCGUUAACUAAAUCCAUUUUUUUCCGAUAUUGAAUGCUCCUCAAGCGUGAAAAAAUAUUCGCAAUUUGCACGAGAAGAAAAGAAGAAAAUUGGAAAAAAAGGUGUUAAUCAUACGAUUCACAAAUAUCGACCUAGAAAACUUUGUUUAAUGAGCAAUUCCUUCUAAAGAUUUUUGUUAAUAUACAAAAAUAAAGAUAACUCUGCUCGCUCUGCUUUUGAUCUGUCUUCAUAAAUGAACUGCUAAAAAAAAAACGGAACAUCAGACCGCAAGUGCCUAGUUGCAACUGCGUAAAUUAAAUCCAGGUUUUUCAAUUGAAUGGUAUAUAGGUUAUAUAAAACAAUGCCUCUGUUCGGAAAAUCUCAAAAAAGUCCGGCUGAGGUGGUAAAGGCUCUAAAAGAGGCUGUCAACGCGCUAGAACGUGGUGACAAAAAAGUGGAGAAGGCGCAAGAAGAUGUUAGCAAAAAUUUGGUUCACAUUAAAAAUAUGUUGUACGGAACUGCAGAGUCUGAGCCGCAAGCCGAUAUAGUCGUAGCACAACUCGCACAAGAACUUUAUAACAGCAAUCUCUUACUUCUUCUCGUUCAAAAUUUAAGUCGAAUAGAUUUUGAGGGUAAAAAAGAUGUUGCUCAGGUAUUUAAUAAUAUUUUAAGAAGACAAAUUGGCACGAGAUCACCAACAGUCGAGUACAUUUGUACAAAACCCGAAAUAUUAUUUACUCUUAUGUCUGGUUACGAGCAUCAGGAUAUUGCGUUAAAUUGCGGUACGAUGUUGAGAGAAUGCGCUCGAUAUGAGGCGCUCGCUAAAAUAAUGAUUUAUUCCGAUGAUUUUUAUAAUUUCUUUAGAUACGUCGAAGUUUCUACAUUCGAUAUCGCUUCAGAUGCCUUUUCUACUUUUAAGGAGUUGCUCACAAGGCACAAGAUAUUGAGCGCUGAAUUUUUAGAAGUCAAUUACGAUAAGGUCUUUUCACACUAUCAGAGGUUAUUGAGUUCGGAGAAUUAUGUGACCCGUCGACAAAGUUUAAAACUUUUGGGAGAACUGCUUCUUGACAGACACAAUUUCACUGUCAUGACACGGUAUAUAUCAAAUCCAGACAAUUUAAAGCUAAUGAUGAAUAUGCUUAAGGAAAAGUCUCGUAAUAUACAGUUUGAGGCCUUCCACGUGUUUAAGGUAUUUGUUGCUAAUCCAAACAAGCCGAAGCCAAUUUUGGAUAUUUUACUGAGAAAUCAAGAGAAAUUAAUAGAGUUCCUCACACGCUUCCAUACAGAUCGCUCGGAAGACGAGCAAUUCAAUGAUGAAAAGGCUUAUUUAAUUAAGCAAAUAAAAGAGCUUAGAUCUGUACAUGAAAAUUGAAUUGAAAAAAUAAUUUUUAAUCAUAUUUUUUUUUCUCGUUUCAAGGAACUAUGUAAAUACAAUUUACAUUCACACAAUUUAUUGUAACAUACAGACUUUAGGCAAACAUAAAUACUCUGCUACCUUUCUAUCAAUUUUAUUAGUUGUUCAACUCACACAGUAUGGCAGCUAUAGACAAUUUUUUACACUAUAAUGAAAAUUUUCAAUUAUUACCCCCCGAAUACUUUUUUUUUCUCCAGGAAUUUAAUUCUAAACGUGGAGCUUUUUUUAAAGAAAUUCAAUUUCAAGCGCGAUUUUCAAUUUCCUUUUUUUCUUUUAUUUAAAUGCAAAAAUUUUUUUUUCCUGUUUUCAAUUGAAUCGGGAAUUUUGAGAAGAAACUCGAAUUUUUUUUUAAAUUCUUCAAAAUUACGAUUCUAAAAUAAUUUACCUAUGUUCUCAGUUUGAAAAAUAAUUACAUAAUUAUGAAAAAAGCUGUUUAAAAAAUAAUUAUUUUGUGUCUCGUGUAAAAUUCGAGACUUUUGAAAUUCCCACUUCAACAUGUAUUUUUGAAAUUAUUUUUAUAAUUGUUAAAAUAUUAAAAUUGUUAAAAAAUAAUAUUAAUACAGCAAAAUCGCCAAAAUACUUAGAUUUUGUAUUAAAUUUAAUUUUUAUUAGUGAAAAACAAAAUUUGCCACUUUGAGCGUAAGCUUUAAAUUGAGGAAAAUUAAAAAAAAAGAAGGGAAAAAAAUUAUAAUAAACUAUCAGAAAAAGCACAUGUUUAAUCUAGGCCUUAAAUGCGAGUAAGAUUAUUAAAAAUAAUUAUUUAUUUCGUCUAGAAUGUAUAAAAAUUAUUUUCAAGAAAUUUACGAGAUUUUUUUAGAUUGACUUUCGUCUUUAAAAAAAACUAACUAACUAAGUCUUUAAAAAACUAAAUGAAGAAUAAUUAAUUUUUUUUCGAAAAAAAAUCUUCUAAAGAAAAAAUAAUAAAUGAAUAAAAAAAAAAACUUUGGACGAGUGUUUUUUGGUAAAUAUGAACAAUUAAAAUGAACUCAAAAUUACUAGACGUAUCCUUUUUCGGAAAUUAGAAUUUUGUUGUAGCUGCUGUACUUUGUUUUUUUUUUUCUUUUAAUUUCAAAAUAUCCUACUCGCAGCGAACGUAUUACUUAUAGCGAUAGACAUCUGCUUAUUUUACGCUAAAAUUAUAAUCACAUGUAUAUGUAUAGAAUUGACUGUUAAAAUGUAACGCCAAAACAAUAAUUAUUGUUUAUUAUAUUUAUUGCAAUAAAAGUAUUACUAAAAAUGAA